AUGGACCAGGAGGCGGUUGCUGUGGGCCACGAUGUCCAGGUGGUCGACCCGGACGUGCGCGGCUAUGUCUACAGUCUGGUCACCGCGCUGGGUGGUUUUAAUGGUGAAGAUGCCGAUCGAUAUAUGCUCGGUGAUGAUGCCCUUGCAUGUCUCCGAGAUAUUAAGAGAUGGUUGAAAUUGUAUGAUGAAAAGAACAAUCGAAUGGAUGUGGCACGAUGCCUUGGUGAAGCGAACCUGGUGAACGGCGAUCUACUUCCCAUUCUCUCGGUCUGGUGGACCAAUGGGCAGAAAAGCAAGCAUAUGACGCGAAUUGCUUUAACAUGUUUGGAACUGCUCGUACCCUUAACUUGGCCAGUUGAAUUCCAUAGCCAGAUGACCGUCAACCACCAUCGACACACCCCAUACAUCCAGCAAGUCCAGGUGCAAUAUAAACGAAAUGUUCUCAAGUAUGGCGGUGCUAACCUUCUACGUGCCAUUAUCCGAAUCGCCCUCCCAAGCAUGGCCAUUUCUCGAUCCGAACGCGAGUCUCGAGACGAAGGAAUCCUGAAGUUGAUGCUCUAUUUUCUACGAAACAUUGUGAUUAUCACCACCAAUGCAAGACUUGCCGCUGAAGGAGAGGAGGAAGAGACCUCUCGCUCUGCCACUAUCAAUGCAUUCCAAGACCAGGAUGCGUUCGCUUUGAUCUUGACCAUGUGCUCAAAUGUUGGUGACGACUUCAAUUUGCAAGACGUGGUUCUGCUGGAGAUUCUUUUCCAUCUGGUGAAAGGUAUCAGUGUCGACAAACUAUUUAUGAAUGACACUCAGAAGAAGAUCAAGCAGUCCGACGAGCUCGCGGCAAUUCUCCGCAAAGAAGAAUUGAUCAAGAGAGAGUACGCUAAAAAUGCACCAACACGACACGGAAGAUUUGGUACGAUGAUUUGGGUUAAGCGUAAUGAUGGGGCGAAGGUAUCUACCGUAUCUGGACAAGAUGUCUUGCGGGACGAUCAAACCACAUUCCAGAAGAUGGAUCAGAGCAAGAAAUGGAAUAAGCCUCGACCUCGCCGAAGGAAAGACGAUGUCCCGCAGAAUAACGACUUUAAUAUGCCAAUCCAUCUUUCCUCGUCGGCAACCAAGAACUUGAGAACGUUCGUGGAGGAGUUUCUUGAUUCCGGAUUCAACCCUCUUUUCACCCACGUACGAAAAGCCAUUGAACGCGAGGCGGAACGAAUCAUGGAUAUCAAUGUUCGACAAUUUUUCUACACAGUCGGUUGGUUCUUGGAAGCAGAACGUACCCGGCGUGCUCGGAAGAUGAGCCAAGAUGCCGAGAAAGGAAAGUCUGCCAAAGACGUUGAGCCAGACAGUUAUGGUUUGGUCGCCGGUGUUCUCAACCAAGAGACUUUCAUUUCCCUGAACAGAGCUAUGCAAAGUAGCAUGGACAAUAAGGAAUGGGAUGAUCUUACUGCCCAGAUGCGCUGCUUUACCCAGAUCCUGUUGACUGUCCAGGAUAUGGCCUUGUCGCCAAUUGAAGAAGACCAAGAAAUUGCCGAAAACAUUCAGAACCGAAUUUUCUACGAAGAGACGACCCAUGACCGAGUUCUCUCCAUCAUCCGCGGGUACAAGGACCAAGGCUUCGGCUAUUUGGACGCAGCGACAGAGCUCGCCCAUGUCUUUCUGCGGAUGCUCGAGCGAUACUCAAAGGAAAAUGCCGACCUUCAGAUCCGAGCAAAGCGAAAGGCUCGGCGCAAGAAGAAGACCGAUCAUCCCGAAGCUCAAAAUGGAGAGGACAACGACGAGGAGCAGAACUCUGAAGAAGAGGACUUGGUAGAUGCUACGCAAGUUACCAAAGAGCGCGCCUUUGAUUUCAAGCGGUUCGCCUCAAAGUUUUGCAAUCAAAGCUGCGUGGACACCUUCGUAACCUUUACCAGCUACUAUAAGGAGCUGAACUCGGAACAGCUGAAGCGAGCCCACCGCUACUUUUACCGCAUAGCCUUCAAGCAAGAGAUGACUGUCCUACUCUUCCGUUUAGACAUCAUCAAUCUCUUCCAUCGAAUGGUCAAAGGCCCGGGACCUAUCGACAACAGCAAGCCUAUCUUUAAAGAAUGGGAGGAAUUGGUGAGGCAAAUCAUUCGACGAUUGGUGAAGAGGCUGGACCAGCGGCCGGCCUUGAUUACGGAAUUGCUGUUCAGCAAGAUGAACUCGACUGUCUUCUACCUUGAAUACGGGCAUGAAAGACAAACCAUAUCUACUAAUAAAAAGCGACCAGCUAUGGAGCUACAGAUUAUUUCGAGUCACGCGGAUACUCCCGAGACCAAGACAGGCAUUGUCGUUGGUGCUCUUGUCCUUGACGGGCAGGCUGAUCUUGUCAAGUGGGUUGUUGAUGUAUUAAACACGGCAGCUUCUGAAAGAGAGGAUUGGGAAACUCAAGAUGAAGCACGUCGUGCGGAGUCUCCCGAAGCUGCUAGUGUUCCUCACCCCAUAAUUCCUGUCAAACCUCGUGACGAGGCUUGCCAGAAGGCGUUGUUCUUAAAUGGCAAGCUUCGGCUACUCAUGAGCGUAGCUGGAUUUGAGCGACUCGGCAUGGAGGACGUUGAAGGUGCCUCUUGGAUUGUUCCAUCAGCCAUGUCGUCGACGGAACUGAGAGAGAUUGUUUCGAACAUUAACAAGGCUAUCAUGAACCCAAUUCCAGAGGGCAGCCAUGAAGAUCCUCGAGAUAUGCUGCAACGCAGAGAUGCCGGCAGUGCGCGACAGAGUGCAGUAAACGAGAUGCUCAAUGUGGAUUUCGGAUCAGACUCCGAAGGCGAAGACCUUCCUGAUGGGCCCUUGUUCCCUCCGAAUCCCCGGGCGAAAUCCAAUGCCUUGGAUGAGCUGAAGAAGAAGCGCAAGAAGAAGCGUAAGGACGAUGAUGGCGCUGAGAAGGAGCCAUUGGAUGAUGAAACCUUAGAGGCCCGUCGCCAAGCACGGCUUUCUAAUACUCUCGCCCGCCAAGCUAAGAUCAAGAGUGAUCUUUUUAUACAUGCCAGCGACGAGGAGACGGACGAGGAAGCUGACCGAGAGUUCUUCCGACUGGAAGAAGAACGGCGAAAAGAACAAGCAGAGAAUGUGAAGAAGGCCCUACUCACUGGAAACUUCGAGCAAGCGCUCCCCAAGAGCAAAGGAAAGAAGCCCAGCGUACGAAAACGCAAAAGCGACACGACUGCUAAGGAGCCGAAGCGUCGGCGACGAGGCACUGGGUCUGGCGACAGUGGCGAGGGAAGCGAUGAUGGUUAUGAUGACGAUGUGCUCAUGGCAGAUGCAAACGAAUUGUCAACUGGCUCUCUGCAAGAAAUUUCAACAAGCCACGGUGCUCAAGACGAAGACACGCCCCUCACUUCCGCUGAAGACGAGAUGGAUUUCGAUGACGAUAUUGUUUUUAGCCGAGAUCGACAGUCCAAGGCUGCAGCCCGAGCUCCCGCUGCUGAUAGCGAUGAUGAAGAUGCACCUAUAGCGCCAACUUCUCGGCGAAUGCGGGGAGGGUUCGUGAUUGAGAGCGAUUCCGAGUGA